AUGACUGCUCCAUCGCUAAGUAUGCCGUCCAGCAUGCACGAUACGGGCAAGAGGACUGUGGAAGAACUUGAUGGCGCUAUCCAACCACCUGAGUCGCAAAGGCUGAGAUUGGACGGGUCUGCGAGCGAACACUCCCACGACGAUACACAACAGGAAAGGCCCAACACGGAUUCAUCGGAAGAGACAGUAGUGAAGGGAGAAGCUGAUCCCAUGCAGAAUUCUGAUGAGGAGGAGGGCGAGGAGGAGGAAGAGGAGGAGGAGGAAGAGGAAGAAGAGAUGGUUCUUGAUGAAUUCGGUCGUGUGCCUGGAGGAAUCCUCCCAUCGAAUCCAUGUUAUCCAGACCUGAACUACGACUUUCGGAACUUUCCCAAGUUCUUGGACUCAUCGAAAGAAAAGGAGUUCAAUCAGCUUGUGCAAAGCUGCCAGCUGGCAUUCAAUGCGCGCAAUACAAGAAGUGGCCAACAAUAUAGCACAGGCGAAACAUUUUGGAUCGCAUCGGACACUGAGCCUCGAAUGCCCCUGGAGAAACUGGCGAAGGCUGUUUUUGAGUUUCAUACCCAAGGACUAGAGCCUGGAGUCCAUUACGAACCAUCCAAGUCUGGAGCUGAGUGGUGGACGUUGGCUUUCGAGCCUGGAGACGACGUCGGGCUACACUGGGACAGAGACUACGAGCUCGAGUCGACCAGCGGCAUCCUUGUGCAUCCCCAUCUCUCCACGGUGACAUACCUGACCGGAGUUGGAGGCCCGACGAUCGUGUUCGACAAGAUCUCUCCGAUGGAGACCGGGCCUCUGGAGGAGAUUCUGGGUGAAAUAGCUGAGGGCAUACUGAGCCGACCGUCACCUGGCAAACAUGUCUCGUUCGAUGGAAGACUUCUGCAUGGCGCUCCUGCUGACGCCGAUGCGUGGAAACACCAGCAUUCCAAGAAGGAGAAGAGAAUAACUUUCCUAGUCAAUGUGUGGCUCAACCAUGUCCCCGUGACUGCUGAAAGAUUCCCGGAAGAGAAGAUCGAGAUGUUCAAGGAGAUGAUGGCACUGGAUGUCAUCCCAGUCAACGACACCGAGGAGGAAGCAGAGCUGCUUGACUUGCCCGAGAUGAAAAAGCGCCAAGAGGAGCUUGAGGAGAUCAAACUUCAGUUUAAGACCACGGCAAGAACCCCACCGCCAUCUCCUUGCCUCGGCAUGACCCUCAUUACUUGCAGGCGAGGGCUGAGAUGCGGCUGGAGCUCCCUCUCAUAG